AUGGAGAUUCAGGUGUAAAUUUUUCCAGAAAACUUAUGUUUUCAUGGUUUUAGCCUCGUAUACGAACCAGCAUUGAUGAACUGGAAAAGAUAACUUUGACGGUUAAUUGUUUAGGUCUCUUCUCAUCGAACGAAUUAGUGAGUUUUCGGGAAUUUUUUUUCGAUUCUUACAAAACGCUGUUGAAAAGUUUAUACACUGAAUACCAGCACUGUAGGUAUGGUUUAGCUUAUCUUUUUGUAAACAAGUUUUUUUUUCCUUUUCGCAAGCAGUAAAGAGGCUCUACAAGUGUAUGUAUAUCCUAGGAUGAAAAAAUCGGCAAAACUCUAUGCGAGAAAUCGUUUACAACAAGUUCGAAGUUGGGUUUCUCGUUUAUGGUGUCUUCGGCUCUAGACUUUGUUCAUGCGCUCUCAAAAACUCUGGAGAGGAACUUCAAAAAUUGAUCAAACAAAUUUAUGAUUCUCCACCUAGGUGUAAUCUUUUAUUGAAGUUUUAGUUUUCAGAUAGACGAUGUCCCGACGGACUCCCUUUCUUUCCUGUUGUUGCCUUGUUAUCUCGGUGUCUUGCACCAGAACAUCACUACAGAACCUAAAGUUAAGCUGGCGGAGCUCGAAAGGGCGACCAUCUACUACCAAAGCUUUCUAGAAAGAGCAAGAAAUCUCAAAAUAAUUGAUUACAAUUUCCAUUGGGAUGUUGAGGCUGAGGAGGAGAAAUUAGGUAAAUUCGAAUUUUGGUUCAAUAAUAACUUUCUUUAGACGGUGAGAGAAGGUCAAAACUCACAGCAGAACAAGCGCGAAGUUUGAAGCUGGCCAGGUUUCGAAAGAAAAAGGAACUGACUGAAUUGGAGUCGAGCAUCCGACACCAAAUUCAAACUUCCGACUCAGAAGAUUCCAUAUUAGUGAGCUCAUUCCACACCUCUUUCUUUUUUAAUACUGUUUUCAGCGUCACUUAUAUGUAACCCAACUGAAAUAUUGGUGUGAGAAGUCUUUGGAAGAACUCCAGUCCAUAGAAGGUAUCUUUAUUGUUUCGAUUUUGAAUUUUCCUUCCGUCUGGAAAAUAUACACAUAGUUCUCUUCAGAAGAAACGCCUUUGCUGAAGAUGAUGGCGGAACGUGGAUCAACACCUAUGGAACCCCGCCCACCACGUAGGAAUUUUAAAAGUUCUCGAACGAAUGUAUAUUAUCAGAAUUAGAAGGUCUUAUAACAACAGCAAGGAAAAGUUUUUCAGGGAUAGCGUCAAAACCCUUCAUAAUAACUAGGGACGAACAGCAGAAAAAAGUUUUCGGGAUCGGUUAUCCGGCUAUUCCCACAAUGACUGUCGAUCAAUGGUACGAGAAACGGUUUGGACAUGGUCAGCAGGCUUCUGCUCCAAGUUCUUCCGCUCCCAGGUUUUUCUAUUUUAUGUCUUGAGCUUUUUAAAUUCAAGUUAUACAUGUUAAAAUACUUUGUUCAUUCAGAAAGGACGAUUCAGAAGAAGAUGAAAACGACGAUGAAUCAAGGCAGCGGAAGAUCAGGAUGGACGAGUACAAGGAUACUCACCGCCGAGGCUGGGGCAACACUCACAACAAAGGAUGA